AUGGGAAAGCCACUCUGCUGCGAGACAUUCUGUCUGGAGUUCUCGGAAAAAGGGAAGACUAACCCUCAAGACUACGCUGACAAGGUUACAGAAAUUCUAGAUGCGAUCCGCCAGCAUGGUCCCCGACAAGACUUGACAGUCAGCUGGAACCCCUUUCACGAGCAAUUCAUUAUCCUGACGCCAGUCGAGCACCCCCUCAGUAUGGAGCAGAAGACCAUGCUUGCAGAUAUCCGUGACACGUGGAUGCGGGAGCUCCCUGCCGAUAAGCGACCCUCGAGGAAGGAUCAUGGCUGGGCGAGGAGAGUUCUCACGAAGGACUCGAGUCAGUAG